UGUCUGUCUCUCUCUCUCUCAGGAAGUUAUGAGUGUUGAACACAGCAUUCAGUCAGUCAGUCAUUACGGGGACAGUAUGGAGUUCAGGUCACUCUCUGUGAUACUCUUGUUGAUUUCACCCCUCCAAGCUGGGCAUGCUCAAGUGGGGUAUAAACCCUUUCUAAGUGUGGAGCCUGAUUGGUUACAAAUAUUCACCGGAGAGACCGUCACACUCACAUGUACCAUUCCAGGAUGGAGUGUAAAUGACUGGAUGUAUGACUGGUACCAAAAUAACAUUCAAAUCGACAACCCUGAUGAAAACUAUUACAUCAUAAGAGACAUAAAUGUCCAUCAGAGUUCACAAUACCACUGUUGUUGUUUUCAUAAAAGUGGCCAGGAAUUGCUUCGAUGUACUGAUGAAGUAACUGUCAAUGUGAUAGAGAGACCAAAAGCUUCACUGAUCCUGGUGCCUACUGGACAGAUGUUUACUGGAGAGAAAGUAACUCUCAGAUGUGACAUACAAGGACACACAGACACUGAGUGGAGCUACAGCUGGUAUGAAGAUGGUGACAGUAACCGUCCAGUUCAUUCUUCUGAUAAUAAAAAAGAAUAUUCAUUCAGUGUUGUAGAGUCUGACAGUGGUAAAUACACCUGUAGAGGAGAGAGGAGGAGUGACUCUCAGAGAUCAGAGAUCAGUAAUGCGGUUACACUGACUGUAUCAGGUGAGUGUGUUACUGUUUUUUUCACCCUAACAUCCAGUGUAGAUAAUGAGGCCAUCACGGUCAAAGAGACGCUUCAUUUCCAACAGCAGAAAAACCUGUGUCUGCAUGAACAGCACUGAACUGAAAUAUCUUGUUAGCAUGAGAUUAUUUUGUGACAUUUUCAUGUUAUUAUUUUUGUUUCAUUUUUCUUCAUUGAUUAAUUUGUAACAAUUUUAGUAUCAGAGAGCACCCUUUAUUUGUUUAAUUUCCAGUCUAAAUAGCCAUUAAGAAUACAUAAGAAAGGUGAUUUUUAGUGUUUGGAAAAAGCAGAAAAUGUACAUUGAACAGAAUUUUACACAGAUGUCUCAGCCAAAUUCUCAGUAUGUUAGUGAG